AUGUGGAUCUCUUCGAGACCUCGAACGGGAAUCAGGGUGGACGGACAACCGAUAGAACUCGUCGAUGAGUUCUGUUACCUGGGCUAUACGCUGAAGAGCAACGGCAGCCACGAGAGAGAUGUUCAGCAAAGAUGCGCUAAGGCCACUUCUGCAUUCAACUCCUUAACGAAAUGCCUGUGGUCGACCCCCAUCACCAACGAAGUCAAGCUGCGAGUAUACCUACCCGCAAUUCGUCCCAUCAUGAUGUACGGAUCGGAGACUUGGGCAGCACCAUCAACGGUUAUGGAGAGGCUUGACUGCACAGAAUGA